AUGAAUCGUGUCAUUGCGGUGUUGUGUCUGGUGGUUGUGGCGGUAUCCUUUAGUGAUGCGACGUUUGACCUGCUUCAUAAGAAGAAGGAGCUGUUCGAAAAGCUAUUCAGCAAAGGCAAGGGUGGUGGACAUGGCCAGGCCUAUGCUGCACAUCCGCCACCACCGCCACCACCACCACCAGUAGCAUAUCACGCAAGUGUUGCCGUGUCUUACCCUGCACCGGCACCUGCCCCAGUGCACUACUCUGCUCCAGCACCUGCCCCAGUGCACUACGCUGAUCCAGCACCUGCUCCAGUUCAGUAUUCCGCCCCAGCUCCAGCCCCAGUACAGUACGCUGCCCCAGCUCCAGCUCCAGUUCAGUACGCUGCCCCAGCUCCAGCUCCAGUUCAGUACGCUGCCCCAGCUCCAGCUCCAGUUCAGUACGCUGCCCCAGCUCAAGUGUACAGAGCGCCACCACCACCACCGCCACCAGCUCCUGUGCAAUACUCUGCUCCGGCACCAGCUCCCGUACAAUACGCUGCUCCGGUUCCCGCACCAGUUUACGGUCCACCAGCCGCAGCACCAGCACCGUACCCGGGAUGUGAUCAUGCAAGUGGCGUUCGACUUCAUUAA